CAGAGACCGAAGAUGGCGACCAGCUCGGAGCGCAGUCCUCCACCGUUCCCCGACCCCGAGGACCAAGACGUGCUGGACUCCGAAGAAGUGGUCGGAGGCCGGGACAGUGAUGAAGACGACGGGGAGGACCUCUUCGUGAGCGCAAUCAGCCCUCCACUUUCUGACAUGGACAGCGAGCCGACACCUGCCAGUGACGUUUCAGUGAAGUCUUCCAUUGACCUCAUGAGUGAUCCGUUGAUGGAGCCCAUGAGCAGCGAAACGGGAAAGAAACCAGCGAGCGAAGUCGUCAGCGAGCCCUCGGAUGAUUUUGUCGACCUGCUGAACAGCUCGUCGACUGAAAGUGCCGCUGCAGCUGAAAUCCCUUUAGAUGAACCCUCUGACGAUUUCGUUGACAUAUUGGGAAGUGAAACUGAAGCAGAGAGAGCGGAAGUAGUAGUGGCAGAUGUAAAUGUUGAGGCUGCAGCUGAUAAAGGUGUAAUGACCAGCGUUGUUACGGCUCCACCCAGUGAAGAGAAGAGGGGAAGUCCUGCAGGGCAAGAAGCGAAAGAAAUCGCCGUCCCACUCAUCGACACCAGUGGUGAUUUGUCAAGCAACCACUCAGAAAAGACGACCAUCGGUGACAAAUUCGCCGACCCUCUGGUCGACCUCCUUAGCGAUCCAUCACCUGCUGAAGCCAAAAAACCCAGCGUGGCAACAGUCGACCUGUUCCAAGACGACGGGAGUGACCUGUUCGCGGACCCGCACCAGAUCAAACCCGCCAAACAGCCGCAGAAAAGCCUGUUCGGCGAAGCCGACGAGGAUCUGUUCGGUGAGCCGCUGGGUGCCGUCUCGAGUAAGACCACCAGUAAAGAUCAGAAGGAGAAACCUGUCACAACCAAAGCUUCUUUCGGGGGACCUCUGCAAGACGCGAAUCCCACGGAGCCUUCAGAUAUCUUCAGCGAGGAAGCCGUCGCCACGGCGCCCAGCGCCAGCAAAGCCAGCGCCGCGAAGACCAAUGGAGUCCACUCUGAGGAAGAGGCGGACCUAUUUGCUGAAGCCACAGUGGAGCUCUCUCUCGACAGUCCACGGAACGAGAGAAAAAAGGAUGUGACGGCCAAACCGUCCGCAUCUGCCCCCUCCUCCCUGUCGGCAGCUGCCAGUCUGUCCAAGCCGCAGGCUGCUGCCCUGGAAGAGUUGGAAGAGGAGGAAGAAGAUGAGCAGGAGGACAAGCUCGACAUCACCAUCACUGUGAAAGACCCUGAAAAAAUAGGGGAUGGUAUGAAUGCCUACAUGGCCUACAAAGUAUCCACACAGACCACACUGCCCGUGUUCCGCAACAAGACAUUUACUGUGAGGCGACGCUUCAGCGACUUCCUCGGCCUCUAUGAGAAGCUUUCUGAAAAACAUGGACCAAAUGGAUUCAUCGUGCCCCCGCCGCCAGAGAAAAACCUCCUGGGGAUGACGAAGAUGAAGGUGGGAAAGGAAGAUUCCUCUUCUGCAGACUUUGUUGAGAGAAGACGAGGUGCUUUGGAAAGGUAUCUGCAAAGGGUGGUAACUCACCCAUCACUGCUCCAAGAUCCCGAUGUCAGAGAGUUCCUGGAGAGAGAGGAAUUGCCAAGAGCGGUGAGCACCCAGACUCUGAGCGGCGCCGGCUUCCUUAAAAUGAUCAACAAAGCAACAGAUGCUGUCAGCAAAAUGACCAUCAAGAUGAACGAGUCAGACGUGUGGUUUGAGGAGAAGCUGCAGGAAGUGGAGUCUGCAGAUCAGCAGUUCAGGAAGCUCCACGCUCUGGUUGAAUCCCUGGUCAUCCACAGAAAAGACUUGUCACUGAACACGGCAAGCUUCGCCAAAAGUACAGCCAUGCUGGGCAGCGCGGAAGACAACACAGCCCUGUCCCGAGCUCUGUCCCAGCUGGCGGAGGUUGAGGACAAGAUGGAGCAGCUACACCAGGACCAAGCUGCAAACGACACCUUCAACUUCGCAGAGCUGAUCGCAGAUUACAUCCGCCUGCUGGGAGCCGUGAGGGGGUCGUUUGAUCACCGGAUGAAGGCGUGGCAGCGCUGGCAGGAUGCUCAGGCCACGCUGCAGAAGAAGAGGGAGACCGAGGCCAAGCUGCUGUGGGCCAACAAGCCGGACAAGCUGCAGCUGGUCAAAGAGGAGAUCACUGAGUGGGAGGCCAAAGUGACGCAGUACGAGAGGGACUUUGAAAGAGUUUCUGCAACUGUGCGCAAGGAAGUCGUCCGCUUUGAGAAAGAGAAGACCAAGAAUUUCAAGAUGCAUGUAAUCAAGUACCUGGAGUCUCUGCUCCAGUCUCAGCAACAGCUGAUAAAGUACUGGGAGGCUUUCUUACCAGAAGCAAAAGCCAUCGCCUAAUCCUCGAUCACCAGCCUUCUGGACGACUAAACAGGCUGCCUUUUUCUUAUACACUUUACCUCUUUUGCCUUUAAACCAAGGAAAAUACGUGCAUCGUAAAGGGAGAUACAAUCAAUCCGUUUUUUUAAUCACCUUUAACAUAUAACUCUAUUGUAUUAAUAAUUGUAUAUUUUCAUUUAACCUUCCGCAAAUAUUUUCUUAUCAGAUGAAAAGAGUUAUACAGAGAUAUGGACAAAAAGACAAUAGUGCAGAUGAGUGAUUCCAGUAGGGAAAUGAACCGAGUCCGUUGUUCUCAGGAUUUUCUCCCUUGUGUGAUCAGGAGCUCCUUCUCAUCAGCAGUGGUUAAUUGUUUACAAGCCCGGCUGCUCUCUCAUCAGAUAUUUCUGGGGACCCAGAUGAAGAAAGUGGCCAAGAGUCUCACUCUUUCUCCUUAAUAAUGACUUAAAGGGAUUAAAUAACAGUUAAAUAAAAAAGAAAAAAAAAGAUUUAUGAGCACUUCUGCCAGUCGGAUAAAGUACUCAUGUACCAGCCGUGUUUUGUUUUCGUUUUUUUUUUUUUUCUUUCAAACUUAUUGAACUAUGUUGCUGAGGGGAGGGAGUGCAGGGUAACGAGAGGCAUUAGAUUAGCAGAGUCUACAGCUGCGGGCAUGGUUGUGGGUGUAAUAGGUUUCCAUAUGAUUUCAAUCAGUGUGCAAAUGUGAUGUCUGUGCCUUCACCGUCUGAAUGGAGUUUAUGUUGAGAGACAACAGUUGAGAGUGCAGAGGCUUGUAAACUCCAGCAUCCAGUAUGAAAAAAGUGUCAAGGCCCAAGUUUGACAAUCAUGUCCUUUUUCGCUUCUAAGCCCAUUUACUAUAAAUGCGUUCUUUAGUACAGUCUUCCUGCAGAGACUUGAACCAGGUAAUCCUGUCUGCUGCCACCGUGUCUCAAUGUGUUUGUCACGGUUGCGUCACUGUUGUGGGGUAACGUUAAAGAGAACGUAGGUUAAUGCUUCACAAGGCGUCGCCGAGCAACAGUGACUCACGGUUGAGAGGAACGCAGUAACACGCUGACAUGUCAAAUGUAUGGAGUAGUUACCCUGGAGCUGACUGUGGGUCCCACUAUGAGCACUCUCAGUGGGGAUGUGAAAGAAUAAUAAAGAUGCUGCCAACAGAUGUUUUACUCAUUGGUUACUGGAAAGGCAACCAUUUGUUUCAUUUGUCAAACGGUCCAAAGGAAUUUUUUUUUUAUGUGUAGUUGUGCUACAGGGCAAGGUCCCAUUUACUCUUACUCACAUCUGCUUGGAGUCACUGUAAAGUCACUGCGUUCCCAUACUGCGUACACGUUGGUGGUGGUGGUGACAUUCAAAGAAAAGUUGCGGUGUGCUCGCGAAUAAAAGGAAGAAGAUGACAGCCAGCUACCAAACAGCGCCCGUGUCCCAGUCACCCCCACGUUCACUCAUUCACCACUCCAAAACACUGGAGUUUUCAGUAUAUUUAGAUGUUCACUAAUCGUCCUCUCCUUGUGUCAUCACCUUCAGGUGUUAGUGUAGAGUUGUUUAAGAAGUACACGUCCGUUCCACUGCUGAUUUUUCUGUAUAAUGGAUAAGAAUGUGGACGCCGACGUAAAACGGCAGACAGUGAACGCACCAAAGGGAGGGGUUUUGGAAGAUGUAAACAAUCUGGAUUCAGAUUCAGAGGUAGGAAGUGUAAUCCGCUCAUUAGUUGGACCUUUAAGACGCACGGGUGAAUGUAAGCACGACUUGGUUUACAUAAAGUAUCCGCGCUUACAGUGACAUAAGACUGAAAACAAGCUGAUGUGGAACCAACCAAUGUUUGGCAUUUGUAUUUGAUGACAUCAUAUAAUUAACUGACUGCAAAUCAUUUCUGCUCAGAACAACAGACUGAGUGAGUGAGUUUGAACAGAUCAGGACUGGGCUGACGUUGACUCAUAGACAUUGGUGCCAAUACAGUAAACACGCUGAUGUUGUAGUGAACCCGAUUCUUCCUUCAAGCCUCGGCCCAGAGUUUUGACAUGAAAACAACCCCCUGUCCCGGCUUCAUGUGACAGGGCGCCAUCCUUAUGAUUACAGCUUUAAUUUCCCAUUUGCACACAUGUAAACUGAAGCCGUGCAGCGACCGCGCUACACCGUACCAUCUGUCGCCAUGAAGGCAUCUUUAACUCGCAGACAUUUCUUUUUGUUAUUGUCGUGGUUGCCCGUUAGAUACAUGAUUCUUUUUAAGUUGUACUUCAACUCAAAACGUGUUAGCCUGGUCUUGUGGACCCUGUGUCAUCACUUGUUAAUGUGCAGGGCAAUGUCAGCAACGUGCACUGUGUCAUAGUAAUUUCUUUUAAAACAAAUCAAUAAAAGUUGCACUGUUUACACUUGGAGAUUUCAUACAGAA